AUGACAAACCACACGACCGCCAUUUCCGCCCCAGGCAAAGUUUUCCUAGCAGGAGGCUACCUAGUAUUAGAUCGUGAAUACACCGCGUUGGUAUUUGGACUUAGUGCGCGUAUUCACGUGUUAGUUCAGGAUAUCGAUACGACAUCUGGCGUGCAGCUAUCCGAGAUUAUAGUCAAGAGUCCGCAGUUUCGAGAGGCGGCGUGGAAUUAUGGUUAUCAUUUGACAAAGGAUGAUGGUGGCAUUGAAGUUACGCAGUUACAAGGCUCUCCAUCCGCUACAGCUUCACGAAAUCCCUUCGUAGAAACAGCACUCCUCUACGCCCUAACCUACAUAUCCUCGGUUCUCCCCACCCAAAUCAUCAAACCAACCUCCAUCACCAUUCUAGCAGACAAAGACUACUACUCCAAUCCCUCCAGCACCCCCAUCGCCAGAGACGCACACCAUCAAUUUCUCGACUUCGGCGUCCGCCUCCAAGAUGCCCAUAAAACCGGUCUCGGUUCCUCCGCCGCCCUAGUAACCGCCUUCACCGGCGCAAUCCUCUCCCACUACCUCCCCCCCUCCAUCUUCUCCCUCCAAACCCAAGAAGGACAAUCUCAACUCCACAACCUAGCCCAAGCCGCCCACUGCGCCGCCCAAGGAAAAGUCGGCUCAGGUUUCGACAUCGCCACCGCCGUCUACGGCACCUCCCUCUACCGACGCUUCUCCCCCUCAAUCCUCACUUCCCUCGGCGAACCCACCACCCCCGGAUUCUCCCAACGUCUCAAAUCCACCGUGCAAAACACCUCCCCCGAAAAAUGGGACACCCAAAUCGAAAAAGGUAAAAUCACCAUCCCAACCGGCAUGGCCCUCGUAAUGUGCGACGUAGACUGCGGCUCGCAAACCGUGGGAAUGGUAAAACAAGUCCUCAGCUGGCGCAAAAACAAUCCAUCAACCUCCCAAACCCUCUGGAACUCACUUCAAUCCCGCAACGAAAACCUCGCAUCCAUCCUCUCCUCAGGCGAUCUCUCCCACGCUCCAGAAGCCUUCUCUGCCAUCCGUGAAAAAAUAAGAGAAAUGGGUACUCUCUCAAAUGUCCCCAUCGAACCACCAGAACAAACUAAACUCCUCGAUGAAGUUACUGCGCAAGUGGAGGGGGUACUAGGAGGAGUCGUACCUGGUGCAGGUGGUUAUGAUGCGAUUGUGUUGUUGGUGAGGGAUGAUGUGGAGACGAUGGAUGCGUUGCGGAAGUUUUUGAAGGGCUGGGGAAAGGUCAAGUUGUUGGAUGUGAAGGGGGAGAUGGAUGGUGUGAGGGUGGAGGAUGGGGGGUUGUAUGGGAGGGUUUUUGGAUAG